AUGCCCCACCCAACGGACAACGCAGUCUUGGAAGAAGCCGGCAAAGAUGAUAAACCCAAGGCUCAGAAACGCAAGUCCAAGAAGAAGAAGAAGGGCAAUAAGGGCGAAGGCAAGAAACAUCCUAGCGCAGAAGAAGGUCCCAGAAAGAGGCCUGCAAGCUCCAUCAACCAGACGGUCAGAGAGAUCAAAGAGCAGUCUGCGGCCAUGAGCGAAGCCCGAGACAAGGGGAAAGGUGAAAAGUUCGCGAAGAUGUUGAAGGCAGGCACCCUCCCCCCAGAGGUGGUGCGCAUGUGGAGCAUCGAAUCGAAAAAGGCACCUUCGGAGCGAGCCUUCAAGACUGAGCUCAUCAACUCGCUAUUCGCAAAGCAGAAGGACGGCUCGUAUCGCAUCGACACGGACUCCCACCAAUUCGCACAAUACCGCAAGGUGCACCAUGCCCACAUCGCGAAGACCAAGGACGAAGCAUUGCCGAAGAACCUCAUGAUCGGUACGCACUUCAGUGGAGAUGAGCGCCUCUUCAACAGAGCUUUGGAGGACAAGGAGCUUACCUCUUUCAAGGAUGAGGCGUCCGGCAUUGAGUACUACAGCUUCCGUAAGCUUCAGGCUGUGGAUUUGCAUGCGUCCGAGCAGGGCGAGCAUGUGCAUGGCUACAAGAAGCUUGGGAAGGAUCAAGCUUACACCUUGGGUGCCCUCAUGACGAAGAUGAAGUGGGACUUCAAAAUGACCAAGGCAGAACAAAAGAGUUUGGACAAGGACGGCGAGAUUCCCAAAGGUUUUGAAGCAUUGGCAUCUAAAGCGAAAGAUGCCGUGGAAAGACUCUUGAAGGAGGGAAAGAAAAUCGCCAACCAGAUUGAAGACAAGGCCUUGAUCAAGAACGGGUUUACCACGCUGACAGGCCAUCUCAACGACCUGAACCAUUGGUCUAUGUUCCAGGAACUGCCCAACAAAUCAGUGCCAUCCAAGGCAACUUUGGAGUCCUUCGUGGGGAAGAUUGCAGUCGAUGUGGAUCGUUUCAAUGGGGAAAUUAAAGCUGCCAAAGGUCGGCUUAAAGCCUGUAAGAACUGA